AUGUCGACUAACAAUGAAAUGCAAAUUCGUCGCUCAGCGACGAAUUCUCGUUCAACCACAUCCUCAAAAUCAUCAUCGUUAUCCAAAGAGAAUGAGGUUCGCAAUAUCGAACCAGUUUUAUACAGUGAAGCAGCUGUUCGCUUUAAUGAAAACAGUCUUGAACAAUGUCGCACAUCUGUUAGCGCUUUAUCCGGUUGUGUAGCUGGAAUUCUCGGUUUAACAUCUUACAAAGGAUUUAUUUUCUACGCUUUUUCAAUGCUUUUUCUUUCUUUUCUCAUUUAUUUAUAUAUUAGAAAUGAACACCGAAAAUGUUUUACUAGUUUAAAGUGUAUAUUUAUUAACGGAUUUUUUAAUGGUUUACUUACCUACGUACUUUUUUGGACAUUUCUCUAUGGAAUGGUUCAUGUCUAUUGA